UCCCCGCCCGGCGCUCGGCGCUCUGCGCAGGCGCAGUCGGCUCUCCCUCCCUCGGUUCCCAUCGCAGAGCGCCCGCCGCGGCGGAGUGGAGUGGCGUCUGUCCGCCGCCGUCCUCCGCGUCUCCGGAGCUGGGCACGCGCACCCUGAGGCUCUGCGAGCGCCACCGAGCGCGGGCGGCGGCCGCGGCGGGUCCGGCAGCUUAGGUUGCCCUAUGAUGAAGUCUUUGCUAUGGCUAACGACCCCUUGGAAGGCUUCCAUGAAGUGAACCUUGCUUCACCUACUUCUCCGGAUCUUCUUGGUGUGUGUGACCCGGGAACCCAAGAGCAGACUACCUCCCCGAGCGUCAUCUACCGGCCACACCCCUCCACAUUAUGCGCUGCCCCUCUCCAGGCCAAUGCCUUAGAUCUUUCUGAUCUUCCUACACAACCCGUGUACUCAUCCCCGAGGCAUUUAAACUGUGCAGAAAUAUCUAGUACCAGUGUUCAUGGUCCAGAUUCAGCAUCGUCAGUGGCCUCUGCGGUGGCAGCAGGGUUCACGAAGUUAACCUCCAGGAAGGACAGCUGUAAUGCAGAGAGGGAGUUUCUGCAGGGUGCCACUGUCACCGAGGCUUCUGCUGGCAAUGAUGACAUCUUUGGGUUGAGCACGGAUAGCCUGUCCCGUUUACGAAGCCCAUCUGUUUUGGAAGUUAGAGAGAAGGGCUACGAAAGGUUAAAGGAAGAACUUGCAAAAGCUCAGAGGGAAUUGAAGUUAAAGGAUGAAGAAUGUGAGAGACUUUCGAAAGUGCGGGAUCAACUUGGGCAGGAGUUGGAAGAACUCACAGCUAGUUUGUUUGAGGAAGCUCACAAGAUGGUGAGGGAGGCAAACGUCAAGCAAGCCACUGCAGAGAAGCAGCUGAAGGAAGCCCAGGGGAAAAUUGAUGUGCUUCAGGCUGAAGUGGCUGCGCUGAAGACACUCGUGUUGUCCAGUUCUCCAACAUCGCCUACGCAGGAGCCUCUGGCGGCUGCAAAGACCCCUUUUAAAAGGGGGCACACAAGGAACAAAAGUACAAGCAGUGCCAUGGGUGGGAGCCACCAGGACUUCAGUGUGAUCCAGCCAAUCGUAAAAGACUGCAAAGAGGCUGAUUUAUCGCUGUAUAAUGAGUUCAGAUCUUGGAAGGAUGAGCCCACGAUGGACAGAACAUGUCCUUUCCUGGACAAAAUCUAUCAGGAGGAUAUCUUUCCGUGUUUGACAUUUGCAAAAAGUGAGUUGGCUUCAGCUGUUCUGGAGGCUGUGGAGAACAACACUCUAAGCAUCGAACCAGUCGGGUUGCAGCCCAUCCGCUUCGUGAAGGCUUCCGCUGUCGAGUGUGGAGGGCCAAAAAAGUGUGCUCUCACUGGCCAGAGUAAACCCUGCAGGCACAGGAUUAGGCUUGGGGACUCCAGCAGCUGUUACUACAUCUCUCCUUUCUGCAGAUACAGGAUCACUUCUGUAUGUAACUUUUUUACAUACAUUCGAUACAUUCAGCAGGGACUCGUGAAACAGCAGGAUGUCGAUCAGAUGUUUUGGGAAGUUAUGCAGUUGAGAAAGGAGAUGUCGUUGGCAAAGCUGGGAUAUUUCAAAGAGGAACUCUGAUGCCCUGUGUGUGGGGCUGUGGGUGCUGCCCCUCCCUGGACCACUGAAGGAUGACGGAACAUUUUUUAUGGUUACUCAAUAUUUAUUUUUAAGGAGAGGCAGCAGACUUCCUUCCUCUUGCACACUACACUAAGUGCUGUGAUUUCUUUUAAGCUGACUGAGCUGUACUUGCGUAUCCCUCAAUGGAGCACACUAUGAAGAAUUGCAGGCGUGCUAGAGAUGGUAAUUCAACACUGCAAAUCAAAACCACCAAAUAAAUACCAGACAGAACUCGUGUGUCUUUCUUAGCUCCGACUCGGCAUAGAGAGUUGCAGAAGACAGUAGUAGUCUUCACUCUGUACCCCUGUGAGAGGCAAAAAAGAAGCUAGUGGACGGGACUCCUUCAUGUCUGUGUGUAUGCUGACAUCCAUACGAAAGGUUUUAUUUAUUUUUAUUCUGUCUGCUGUAAUGUAGUGAAUCCCUUGAUCAUAAUGAUUUGUUAAGUGUAAUAAAUGAAGAACAGUGAGUGUUCUUGAGCAUCCUGGCUUCAUGUUAGCAUUGAGCAUCAUCGUGGGAUAGAAGGAGUGUUAAGGUUAACAGAUGAGGGCGUGGUCUAAACAGAUGGGAUCUGAGCUAAAAGCUGACAUUCAUGGAGAGACAACCAACAUCAUGCACACAAGUAAAAUAGGAUCAUGUGGAGACAUAGUGUAGGGAGGCCAAAGAAAACAGCCUGCUUUGUUGACUCCAGUAUGAACACUACGCUCACAUUUCUGGAGAAUAGCCUUGGACUUCAGAUAUUUCCUACUUAUAUAUGCACAAUUCUAAUCAAAAUGGCCUCCUUUAUUAGUUGUAUGUGUGUGAAUAUGUGUGUGUGUGUGUAUGUGCGCACGCGUGUGUGUGUGCAUCUCACUCAGGACUGCUGCACAGACAUUCUGGAAUUAGAGUUGCAGACCGUUGUCAGCUGCAGUCUCUCCAGCUCAUCUCUCUCGCUUUAAAAGUAAAUCAAUGGAGCAUUGCUGUUGGUAAACCUUCACAUCUCAAAAAGAAUUUUUCUACAUUUUAUGUGUUCGUGUGAGGGUGUGUCUGCGUGUGUAGCUGUCAGCUUUUGGGAAUCUGUUCUCCCCUGUAUGGGUUUUCGUGAUCAAACAGACUCAGGACAUCAGGGUUGGUAGCAACAUCUUUUUAUAUGCUGAGCCAUCUGGUGCGGAUCUCCACAUCCUAAUCCUUGUGUGUUAAUUGCAAUUAAAUAUAAUUUAAUUGUCUCUA